UGUGUUAUCGGUUCCGUUUUCGAUUAUUUGGCAGGUGCUAAAAGAGAAGAGAAAAAACAUUAACGCAUUGAACACGGAAUGACAAACAACUCAAACGGUCGAUUAAGCGAAUACUUCGCCAACGAUCCGCCCAGUUUUUUUGAUGAGCUGACAAAUAACAAAUCAAGAGCCAAGGAAACGCAGCCAGCGAACGCAGCUGAACCAAACAGCAGCAAUAUGUUGGCCAGCACAUUUACGGGCAGCUUUCAACCGCCCGAGUACAUAGAAGCUGCUGAAGCGGAUGAGCCUAUAACAGUAACUGACGAGGUGCGAAACCUCUGGCAGCUACCCACGCCAACUGAGCCGGGCAAGCAGCCAGCACAUCUGAUUACUCCAGGCUUACACAUAGCAAAUGAUUUGCCUGACCCCAUAAGCAUUGCUGUGACUCAACACUUGGGCCAAGCUGAAUUGCAGCAGCGCAAAAUCCUUGGAGUGGAGGAUGUCACGCAAGAUGAGCGUGGCAUACGGACGCUUAUAAACGCCGGCUGCUUUCGCGCUGCUGUCAAUCUGACGGGCCGACUAUUGACCAUAUACGGUCAGGGCUAUGGACGUGCCGGUCAGCCAGCCAAGCAUUCGCCACAUUCACUGCAAUUGUGGUUUACACGCCUCGCAUUGCUGGCCAAGCUGGGCGAAUAUGAGCUACUGCAGGCAGAAGCUGAACCCUUUGCCCAGCUGAACGGGCCGGAUGUAUUUUACGAGUAUUACACGGAGAUGUAUAAAGGAAAGCACGGCUCCAUCGCGUGUUUCUCAUUUCGGCUCCUGUUGGCCGAACUGCCCAUCUAUCUAGGCAAGCCGCAUCUGGCGCUGGAUCGCUUGUCCGAAUUGCAUGUGAUCAGCCAUGAAAUCAAGGAGCAUUUCGAUAGAUUAAAGAAUGCAAAGGCAGCUGAAUUUUGGCAGCGGCGUGCCGAGCGCGUCUUGCAGUCAAUUAUCAACUGUGCUCUAAUGAUGAAAAAAUUCAGCAUGAUUGAUGACAUUAUGGGCGGAAUGCUGCUAACACGCUCUACACUUAGCAAAGAGGAACAGCGCUCCCUUUAUUCGGCUUGGGGCCGCAUUUAUCUACAAAUUGGUGAUAUAUUUGGGGCAGAGCAAAAAUUUGCCGUCUCCCGGCGACUGCGUGAGAUUAAUUCACCGCCUGAUUUGCGUGAUCUGGUGGACAAGGGCCUUAUAGCCGUGGCCAAAAAUGAUUUUCCGGAAGCCUAUCUAAUUUUUCAAAAGGCGCUGCAUUUGGACUCGGGCAAUACAAUGAUACUGAACAAUAUGGGCGUAUGUUUGCUGUAUGCCGGCAAAUUAAAAGAUGCAAUCAACUUGUACGAGCGAGCAAUCAAUCUGAAUCCGCAAAAAUCAUUGAACGAAAGUUUGCUAGUGAAUUUAUCCACAUUGUAUGAAUUGGAAUCUAAUAAUUCCAAUGCGAAAAAGUUAAAUUUGUUACGUUUGAUAAACAGAUUUAAGCCGGAUCUCAAUAUAAGUGUAGAAAUUUGCCUUAAAUUACAGGCAACAAAUUAGAUACAAAUAUAUGUAAAAAUUGUUGAUAAACAUUCCAAAACUCCAUCCAGAUUGAAUAAAAUUCAACCUAAAAUAACUAGUAUUUCGAA